UGUUUGUAGUGGGAAAAGUUUGUUUAUGUUUUGAAGGGCAGGUCCACACACACACACACACACACACACACGCACAGAGAGAGAGAGGCGGCGGCUGUUUUUAAACAGUGCGCGAAGCAGGAAUCCGAGGAAAUGUGGUGAUGCAACAAGUGCAGUUGUGCUGGAUCAGCCGGUUUAUUCUCUGUUUACAUGUGGGUUUACCUCAUGGCAGCCACAACAUGUUUCCUUGGAUCCUAGGACCUCAGAUUUCAAGAAAGUCACGUUUCCUGUGUUUUGCUGUGCGGCACCCAACGAGCCAUUAAUCCAGUUCCUCUCUGUUCUGGCAGGAGCAGCACGCUGCACCAUAACAAGGCUCCUUGGAGAUAGAGGAAUGCAAAUCUGCAAUCAUGAUGGAAGGAUUGAAAAAACGUACCAGGAAGGCCUUCGGGAUACGGAAGAAAGAAAAGGACACUGACUCUACGGGGUCACCAGACAGAGAUGGUGGAGAGCCCCAAGAUACUGAAUCGCCACAGAAAAAGACCAAUGGGGCUCCAAAUGGCUUCUAUGGGGAGAUUGAUUGGGACAGAUAUAACUCACCUGAGGUUGAUGAAGAAGGAUAUAGCAUCAGACCAGAUGAGGAUGAGGGAGCAGCCCCCAAAGAAAAGUCUUACUUUUUCUCCUCCAGUGAGUCUGAAGAAGAGGAGGACCACCGCAAAAAGUUUAAGAUCAAAAUCAGACCACUGCCAGCAGAUGCUAACAUUGCAGCUCCCUCGGUGGAUGAAUUAAAAGCUUCUAUUGGCAACAUAUCUCUGUCUCCCUCGCCUCUGAGGAAUAGUCCGAAACGCAGCCCGGGGCUGGCAAAAAGAAAUACUGGUGAAGAAAUUGCACGACCAAGACGUCCUGUUCCAACGCCAGCACCAGCUCCCGCCCCUUCCCCGACACCUGCACCUGCGCCCCCUCCUGAGCCUGCUAGUAAUAAGAAAUCUCCAGUGCCAGAGGAUGCAACAGCCUUAUUCGGCCCUCCUCUGGAGACAGCCUUUGAUGAGCAGAAGACCAGUGAAGUGGUGAUAGAGGAACCUGAGGUUUGGGGUGCACCCCUGCCUGAGCAACACCUAGACUCCUCUCUGGCAAGACCUUUUCCUACAGGAACUCUGCCUCCGCUUCCGCCUAAGAAUGUGCCGACCUCCCCCCCUCCGAUUGAAUCUGCUGCUACAGAACUUACCGAUGGGCAUAAAGAAGUGGAGACCUUGCAGAGGCCCUCUAUAACUGAUCUAGACAACAUCUUUGGCCCAGAAGACUCUUCAAAACCUGGUGAAGAUGUUGGAGAUAAGUGGGUCUGCUUCAACGAUGAGUCACCUAAAAGACCUCCUCUUCCUUCAGAAGGAGAACCAGCACCUCCACUCCCCUCAUCUCCACCUCCCCCAGCAGAACCAGCACCCCCAUUACCUAAAUCACCACCUCCAUCAGAGGAGCCGAAUCCUCCUUUACCAAAAUCUCCACCUCCUCCUGCAGAGAUGGCACUUUCUCCUCCUUCCAUUAAGUCACCAAAGGAUAGCCUCCCACCUGUUCCCAAAGACACCACUCCUUCUCCACCAACUGUCCCGCCUCCUCCGGUUGAAGAGGCCCCACCCACACCGAAAUCAGAUGAUCUUUCGCUCUCCAAAGGAGACUUUUCGCUAUGUGCUCCCCUGACAAAGACCCAGUCAGACCCAACCAACAGCCCGCCAACCACUAUAGAGACAAGUGAACGCACAAUCCCUUCACCCUUGGUUUUGAACCAAGAGGACAAGAAGAGCCCUGAAGAGAACCCAACAAAAGAGGACCCAAGUGAGAGCAGGGCUUCACCCAAAGAGAUUGGUCAAGGACCACGUUCGACACCUCCUCCUCCUCCACCUCCCACAUACAGGGCAGUAGUGUCAUCGCCAGGGCCCAUCCCUCCAGCUGGUACGAGUGGAAAUGAAAGUGGCUCCUCCUCCCCUGCACGUCCCUCUACACCAUUGGAUACCAGCAGCUCUCCCCCUCCCCCUCCCCCUCCUCGGCCACCCUCACGACCCAAACUGCCUCCUGGAAAACCAAGCGUAGGGGACGUGAAUCGGCCGUUCAGCCCCCCUGUACACUCGUCAAGCCCCCCUCCUUUGGCUCCGUUGGCCCGUGCAGAAAGCACCUCUUCAAUCUCCUCUAUCAACUCUCUGAGUGCAGCCACCACUCCCACCGUCGGUAAAGAGCUCUCCGUGUCUGUGUCAGAGACAGACCAGCCCUCCCUCGUGUGGUUUGACAGAGGCAAGUUUUAUUUAACAUUUGAAGGCUGUUCUCGAGGGCCCAGUCCCCUCACCAUGGGGGCCCAGGACACACUGCCUGUUGCUGCAGCUUUCACAGAGACAGUUAGUGCCUACUUCAAAGGAGCUGACCCCAAUAAGUGUGUGGUGAAGAUCACCGGAGAGAUGGUGUUGUCCUUCCCAGCAGGCAUCACACGGCAUUUCGCAAAUAACUCCUCGCCUGCUGUGCUAACCUUCAGCAUAACCAACUACAGUCGUCUGGAACACGUCCUUCCUAACCCUCAGUUACUGUGCUGUGACACCACGCAGCCCAAUCCGAACUCAAAGGAGUUCUGGGUGAAUAUGCCGAACCUGAUGACCCAUUUAAAGAAGGUGGCGGAGCAGAAACCACAAGCAACUUACUACAAUGUAGACAUGCUGAAAUAUCAGGUGUUACAGAAGGGCCCACAGUCCACUCCUCUAAAUCUAGCAGUGAGCUGGAGGUGUGAGCCCACCAGUACUGAUCUGAGAAUAGACUACAAAUACAACGGUGGUGCCAUGACCACUCCUGUUGCCCUCAACAAUGUUCAGUUCCUGAUCCCUGUGGACGGAGGCGUCAGCAAACUGCAGGCUGUGCUUCCUCCAGCUGCCUGGAAUGCGGAACAGCAGAAAAUCUUAUGGAAGAUUCCAGAUAUUUCUCAGAAGUCUGAGAAUGGAGGUGUGGGUUCUCUGCUGGCCCGUUUCCAACUAACUGAGGGUCCCAGUAAACCCGCCCCUGUGGCAGUGCAGUUCACCAGUGAGGGCAGCACUCUGUCAGGCUGUGACAUUGAGCUGGUUGGCCUUGGAUAUCGUUUUUCCCUCGUCAAGAAGAGGUUUGCAGCAGGAAAAUACAUGGCAGACAACUAAACAACACCAUGCAAGUCUGCAUAUUUUGGACCAAUUCUGAAUAUUUAAAACACAGGACAUGACCCCAACUUGACCUUAUGGAUGAACCUUUGUAAAUGUACAAUACAGGUGGACCUCACACACACUCCAGAAGUAUUAUUGUAAAAUUGCAUUGUAAAAUGUGGACCGUUUUAGGUUGUACUUCUUCUAAUUGUGAACUGUAUUCACUUUGCAACAUCAGUUAAAUGACCUGGGUUUGUUUGUAAGGUUAAGCCUCUAUUUCUGUUCAACGUGUUAUUGGCUGUGCCUACCUGAACCUGAAUUCUCUGUAUCCUUCUCUAAAAGUGAUACUGAACAUGUUUUUAUUACUCUAUGCAUUCAGUUUGUUAAAAGUAUCAAAUUUUCGAACAAGGUAGCAAAAUAGUACGAUGAACAACUGACUGUCUAAAAGAGGAAUGAGCCUCUGCCACAAGAUGGCGCUAUACUGUUGCAUGUAAUAUGAGGUCUGCAUCGGAUUUUGGUAUUGAUCAAGCUUAUUUAAUU